AUGGGUAGAUUACAUGAGUAUCAAGUAGUUGGCCGAAAAUUGCCAAGUCAACAUGAUCCUGUUCCAAGACUUUAUCGUAUGCGACUUUUCGCUCCAAACGAAGUUGUAGGGAAAAGCAGAUUUUGGUAUUUUUUAAAAAAGCUUAAAAAAGUUAAAAAAGCUGCUGGUGAAAUCGUUUCCAUUAACGAGAUUUUCGAAAAAAGACCAUUGCAAAUUAAAAGUUACGGUAUAUGGCUUCGUUAUGAUUCUCGUUCCGGAACACAUAAUAUAACUGAUGCUGUUGCCUCCUGUUAUCAAGACAUGGCCGCUCGUCAUCGUGCCAGAUUCUCUUCCAUUCAAAUUAUGCGUGUUUCAGAGUUGAAAAAAUCUCUGGUGAGACGUCCUUAUAUUAGACAACUUUUGGAACCUAAACUUAAAUUCCCACUUCCUCACCGUGUUAUUCGUAGUGGUAGAAAGUCUACUUUCCUGGCUAAACGUCCUUCCACUUUCUAUUAA